AUGGAAUUUUAUAAUAUCAUGCCUUGGGGUGUUAUUGAAGACGAUGAGCCUCCGUCAAAUACAAAUCACACAACAAAUCAAGUUAAUCAAGAAGCCAAAGAGACAGAUAAAAAGAAUGAAAUAGAUGUAAUCACACCUGCUUUUGGAAUACUUAACAUCGUAGAUGAUUUAACCGAAGAAAAGGAAGACGAGGUUGAUGAUGAAAAAAAUCUAGAUGCAAGUGAGAAAUUACUUCGUAUGGUUAUAGACGACAAUGAGGAUAAACCAUUAGAUUGGACUGCUGAAACAGAAAAUCCAUUUCGUGAACCAACACCACAACCACAAACUUCAGCCAUUUUCCCUACUGACAAAAUAAUAACUAAACAACAUGUUCGAACAAAUAAAGUCUCUAUUCCUUUACUUGACUAUCUUUGCGAAAUGAAAAACUGUUCGCUUAAAGAACUACAUGUGCUUUUUCAUAAUCUCGAUGUUCGGCGAGAAAUCAUUAAAAAUUUGCAACAAGAUGUUCAAAUACGUACUUCUCAUCUAAAGCCGAGUUGUAAAAAUUUCAAUGUCUAUUGCCAUGAUUUAACAGCGCAAUCUGCAAGUAAUGUUCUGGCUAUGGGAGGAUAUCUUGGAAUAACGGUAAAUUAA